UUUGCAUUCAGAACCCAGCCCGGGGAAACUGUCCGGAGGGCCUGAAAUAGUACCGUUUCCUCCUCCUGCAGCGGAGAGAGCCAUUUAUUAAUUAAGUUUGGAAAUUAGAGCUCCUCUCUUCUUGGGGCUAGAAAUUGGGUGUGUGUAUGUGUGUGUGUGCUUGAGUGUGUGGGAGUCUGGGCUUCCCUCUGGCCCCCGUUAGGAGUAAGCAGGAGUUAAGAGAGAGCAGGUAGGGAGGCUGGCUUAUAGGAUCAAAGAGAAAGAGUCUUCCUCCCUCCACUUCCUCUCUUUUCCCCACCUUCCUCCCAACCCUUGGCUUAUAAUCCCUAGUUGAUUUGAGACUAAAAUGGCUGCCGUUGCCAUGACACCCAACCCAGUCCAGACACUCCAAGAGGAGGCAGUAUGUGCCAUCUGCCUGGAUUACUUUACAGAUCCUGUGUCCAUUGGCUGUGGACACAACUUCUGCAGGGUGUGUGUGACCCAGUUGUGGGGUGGAGAGGAAGAGGAGGACAGGGAGGAGGAGGAAGAUGAAGGGGAAGAAGAAGAGGUGGAGGCAGUAGGUGCCAGUGGUGGGUGGGACACCCCCAUGAGAGAGGAUGAGUAUGAGGGAGAUAUGGAAGAAGAGGAAGUGGAAGAGGAAGAGGAUGAAGAGUUUUGGACCAAUAGUAUCAAUGGUCCUACCUGGGACAACAUGGAUUAUGUGUGGGAUGAGGACGAAGAGGAAGAUUUGGACUACUACCUGGGGGAUGUGGAAGAGGAACUGAGAGGUGAAGAGGAGGAAGAAGAUGAAGAUGAGGAGGUGUUGGAGGAAGAUGAAGAGGAAGAGCUAGAGCCAGCUACCCCUCCACCACCAGCCCCUGCUCCUAGGCGUAGAUUCACAUGCCCCCAGUGUAGGAAGACUUUUCCCCGUAGGAGCUUUCGACCUAACCUACAGUUAGCCAACAUGGUGCAGGUAAUUAGACAAAUGCACCCGGCCCCUCGGAGAGGAAGCCGGGGAAGUGAACAAGGGGUAUGCCCCAAGCACCAAGAGGCUCUGAAGUUGUUCUGUGAGGUGGAUGAGGAGGCUAUCUGUGUGGUAUGCCGAGAAUCAAGAAAUCACAAGCAACACAGUGUGGUGCCAUUGGAGGAAGUUGUUCAGGAGUACAAGGCCAAGCUACAGGGUCACGUGGAGCCAUUGAGGAAGCACCUGGAAGCUGUACAGAAACUGAAGGCCAAGGAAGAGAGGAGAGUCACUGAGCUCAAGAGUCAGAUGAAGACAGAGCUGGCAGCAGUAGCAUCAGAAUUUGGAAGACUGGCCCGGUUUCUGGCUGAUGAACAAGCUGGGCUAGAACGACGCUUACGGGAACAGCAUGAAGCCCAGUUAGGGAGAGCAGGAGCAGCAGCAGGACGCCUAGGGGAGCAAGCCACCCAACUGAGUCGACUGUUGGCUGAGGCACAAGAGCGAAGCCAACAGGGGGGACUUCGGCUGCUCAAGGAUAUCAAGGAGACUUUUAACAGGUGUGAGGAGGUACAGCUGCAACCUCCAGAGAUCUGGUCCCCAGAUCCCAGUCAUCCCCACAGCCACGACUUCUUGACAGAUGCCAUCGUGAGGAAGAUGAGCCGGAUGUUCUGUCAGGCUGCCCGAGUGGACCUGACUUUGGAUCCUGACACAGCUCAUCCAGCUUUAGCCCUGUCACCAGACCGACGAGGGGUCCGUCUUGCAGAGCGGCGCCAGGAACUCCCUGACCACCCCAAACGAUUUUCAGCUGAAUGCUGUGUGCUAGGAGCCCAGGGUUUCCGCUCCGGUCGCCAUUAUUGGGAAGUGGAGGUGGGUGGGCGUCGUGGCUGGGCUGUAGGGGCUGCUCGUGAGUCAACUCGUCACAAGGAGAAAGGGGGACCAGGAGGUGGAUCUGGGGGUGGUAGUGGGGAUGCCACACCAUCCCGUCACCACCAUCGCCGCAGACGGCCCCAUCUGCCCCAGCAGCCAAUGUUUCAAAGGGAAGUAUGGUGUGUGGGUACCAAUGGGAAGCGCUACCAGGCUCAGAGCUCAACUGAGCAGACACCCCUAAGCCCUGGGGACAAACCACACCGAUUAGGGGUAUACCUGGACUAUGAGGCAGGACGCCUGGGCUUCUAUAAUGCCGAGACUCUGGGACAUGUACACACUUUCUCAGCUGCCUUUCUGGGUGAGCGGGUCUUCCCCUUCUUCCGGGUGAUUUCCAAGGGCACCAGAAUCAAACUCUGCCCCUGAAGUAUCCUAAUGCUUGCUCCCCCUCCCCCCAAUUUCCCUUAUCUUGGUAGGGGUUAAGGGUGGAUCCUCAAGCUGGGGAGGUCCUCUUCUGCAGCCCUGCUUUUUUUUCCCUCCCUCCUGUGUUCCCACCUUCAGUUUUCAUUCUCCUACCUUCUUUGUCUAUAGUUGGCUAUGGGUCCCUGAAAAAGAAAAAUUGUUAAACAAUCUGCUUUUCCCCCUCCUUUCUACCCUACCUCUCUCCAUUUACACCUCUAUUGUUUGUCUACCCAAAUGGAUUUUAUUUGUGGGGAAGUUUUUUUUUGUUUUUUGUUUUUUUUUUAAUGGGUUGAGACCCUUCCCCUCCCCACA